AUUUCGGGUCCGACAGAGAUUCACAGCAUUGCUGUUCUGCCUCGUUUUAUCUGUUGUUUUUUACCGAAUUGAAUAUUGAAUUUCUUCGUUUUCUUCUCCUUCCCCUGCGAUGUGGCCUGUCCUUUUCUUUUUUUUUUCCGUUCUUCAUACCGUAUCUCUUUAUCGCAAUGCCGGAUUCGUCGUUCGACACGGAUGACACUACGUAUGUUCAAGCUGAAAAGCAGGAGAUAUCUAAUCAACGGGAGAAUAAUAAUUCUGUAUAUACUGCUGAGAAAUCGCCGGAUAAACGAACAACGAAUGGCGGAGUCGAGAUGAACAAUGCGAGCAUCGUAAACUCGCCGGAUCUCAGCCCGAUAAAAAAUAUACGAAACGGGGAAGCAGAAGAAACAGAAGUUAGAAAAACAAAGAGAUGGCCAACCGAUAAAGCUUAUUACAUAGCUAAGGAGCUUCUCAUGACAGAACGAACUUACAAGAAGGAUUUGGAUGUUAUUAAUGUGUGGUUCCGCGAGGAAGUUUCUAGAGAAGCGGCAUUAGAAGGGGAGACGGUAGUGUCUUUAAUCGAGCUACUCGCCGACGUACAUGGACCCUGCCUUCAAGAAAUGGAGGCACGGCUGGCACGUUGGGAGAGCAACGCUCGUCACAAUAUCGGUGACUUUUUAUACAAUACGCUUCUAAACAUUCUGCCUCUCUACGACCAAUAUCUGGAAAAUCUCAUCCCGGUAUUGGAGAAAAUGGAAUACUCCAUGCGAACGUCGCGACGUUUCGACCAGCUCUGCCGUGAUUUCGAGUCGCAGAAGCAUUGCUAUUUGCCAUUAACUUCAUUCCUUUUGAAACCUCUACAACGAUUAUUGCAUUAUAACAGUAUUAUUGACAGAUUACUGGAUCAUUAUCCAAAAGAUCAUACCGAUUUUGAGGAUUGUUUGGCAGCGAGAGACAGACUCGGCGAAACAUUGCUCGAGGGACUCACGAUUAUAAAUCAAGCGGAAAAUUUAGUGCAGUUAUGCGAAAUGCAAAGAGACAUUACUGGUUUUGAUAAUCUAGUACAAGAAGGACGAAGGUUUAUCAGGCAAGGAUGCCUGCAGAAGUACAGCCGUAAAGGUUUUCAACAGCGUAUGUUCUUCUUGUUCUCAGACGUAUUACUGUAUACAUUCCGUACCCAACAACCAACGCAAUGUUUCCGUGUGCAUGGCCAACUACCAUUGAAAGGAAUGAAGAUUCAAGAUGCAGAUAACAAGACUGGAACAGAUUUUGCUUUUAUUAUCGAUGGACAAGGAAAUCAAUCAUUAACAGUUGCAGCAAGCAACGAAGAAGAGAAAGAGAGAUGGAUAGAAGAUUUAAACAUGGCUAUAGUACAGAUUGAUGCAUCGGAUGCGAAAAUGCCGUAUUUAAGUUUAAAAUCUUGUAUUCUAGGUUCAGCCGAUGAAGUGGGAGAUGGUGUAGGAUUAGAAGUAGAUCGAACUAGUUGCGGAGGUGCGAAGGCCUCACAACGUAGCAAUACUACAGUUCACGUUUGUUGGCAUCGUAAUACAAGUAUUAGUUACAGUGAUCAACUACGAGCGUUUCAAAACCAGCUUAGUGGAUUUCUUCUACGGAAAUUCAAGAAUAGCAAUGGUUGGCAAAAGCUUUGGGUUGUAUUUACUAACUUUUGUUUAUUCUUCUACAAAUCUCAUCAAGACGACUUCCCAUUAGCUUGUUUGCCAUUAUUAGGAUAUGCUGUUUCUACACCAUCAGAAAAAGAUGGGAUCAACAAGGACUUUGUAUUUAAGUUACAAUUCAAAAACCAUGUAUAUUUCUUUCGAGCGGAAAGUGAUUACACUUUUGGGAGAUGGAUUGAAGUCAUUCGAAGUGCAACUCAACAAAGUCAUGUGCCCACUAGUAUGAAUGGAAAAGAAGAGUAUUAGAACUAAAUUUACAUGGAUAUAUAAUUACCGAAAUAUAUAUAUAUAUAUAUAAUUAUUAAGAUUAGAAAUAGUUAAGAUUAUAGAAUCCUGUUACGAAGUGUAGUUUAAAAAUGAUAUAC